AUGAUAAAAUCUUAGUAUUGUAGCUAGGUGGCAGAUUAUAGUAGGUAAAUAAAAAGAUAGUCACCAGAGAGUUCUGCAACAAUAAAAAAGCAAAUUUACAAGAGAUUAUAGAAACGAUAGACAAUUAGAGAACUUUACAAAUAAAAGUCAUGGAAAACAUUAGUCAAAGUUGGUUCAUAAAUAAAAGGUUUAUAAGAAGAAUAUGAUACAAUUAAGGUAUAGGGAUAGAUUAUAAGUGUUGGAGAUUCAGUUUUAAUUAAUAGUGGAGAUCAACAUGAUGAGGAUUAUGUUGGAACCAUAAAAUAAAUUAUAUCAAUAAAAGAACCAACAACAGCAAAAUUAAUAUGUUUGUGUAAAAUUUAAUGGUAUAUGAGAAAAAGUGAGAUCAUUAAAUCUUAACCUAAAUGUUCAGAAUGGAUUUCUGAACAAGAAUUAUUUAUAACUAAUCAAUAAGAGUAUAUUUUAGCCCAGAGUAUAAUAACUAGCUGCAAAAUAUUGAGCUGUAGUGAAUAUCAAGAGUUGGAUGAAAUAGAUUCCACUAUUUAUUUUAAUAGAUUGGAAUGGGAUCUUUAGAAAAAAUAAUUUAGUAAUAUGGAUGCAAUAUAGCAAUAUUGUUUUUGCUUUCAACCGGUGAAUCCCGAUAGACAAUAUAUUUAGGUAUAUCAUAAUAUCAUAUUAAGUGUGAUUCAUGUAAAAAUUGGUAUCACUUUGAAUGUGUGGGGAUCUAAAAUGGUACUUAUGAUCAAAAUGAAUUCCAUUGCAGGAAAUGUUAAUGAAUCAAUAAUGUUUAUUUGUAUUAUUAAUAUACUGUAAUAUAUUAGUUUUUAUUAAUCAAACAAUUAUAGCAAUUUAAAUUGGCAAAUAGAUGUAAACUUCAUUCAAAUUUCGAGCUCCAUGCAAUUUAUAAUAUUUCCAAUAGGAAAUCAUUGUAGAAAACGAAGUAAUUUUUCUAUAUAUACAACAGAUCCCAGAAUUAGAUACUUUUGAAGAAUUUUGUAGUAAUAUUCCUGAUUAGGAUAAUCAAGACAUAAACUUUUCCAAACAAUCACAAACACACAAUUCAUAAUUAAUUCGUAUCGAUUGUUAAUAAACACAUGAAUCAAAAUCAUCAGAAUUGUAACAAUCAAUUGAUUCAAGAGAAUAAAAGAGCAAAUCAAAAACAAAAAGUAUACAGAGUUAAGAAAACGAACAUAUAACAUAUAUGCAAUUCGUUGAAUUUAAUCCUCAUAGCAUAAUAUCAGAAUCAUUUAAUUAAAGGACAGAUACAUAAUAAAGUUAAAAAGAUACAAUGGCAGAGCCUCCUGCUCCAUAAAAUAAAAAUACAACUAAAUUCUGCUUUCCAUCUAAAGGAAGUGGGUUGAAUAAUUGUAAAUGAAUAUAUUAAUUUAAUAUAGUAAAGAAAUAGCUUUGUUUCAAUUAAGAUAGUUAGAAUAAUAAUAAAAAUCAAAGUAAUUCAGAAUAGACUGUCUUAAAAAAUCAAUCUUUAUCUGAAAAUAAAAAUAAUAUUGAAGAUGAUUUAAGAAAAUAAAUUACUUAGCUUUGCAAAGAAAAAACUCAAAUGUAAUUACAAUAUUAAUAAUAAAUGAAACAGUUAUUAGAAUAAAAUUAAUUAUUAGAAUAAUAACUAAUAUUAUAAAAGUAAUAAACAUAGUCUUUGAAUUCGGAUAAAUAAAUUUUAUAAUAAAAAAUCAAUAUCUUAUCAAAAAGAUAGAGUGGAGAUAAAAACCAAAUAGUUGAAAAUUGUAAUUUUUCUGAAUCUGUACCAAGUAAAUUAACAAAUAAUGAGAAGAUUUAAUACUUAAUAGAGAAAUUAAACUAAAAAUGUCAAGAAAAUGCUAGACUUCAAUACGAGAUUUUAUUGUUAUAAAAUAAUGUAAUUUUAAUAUUUUAAUAUCUAGAUUGAAUUAUUAGAAACUUCUAAAAUUUUAUAAUUGCCAAAUAAUAAUAUCUUCUCUCUAGAUCCAGGUAAAAUUACAAAUCAAAAUCAUUCUCCUUAACCAUAAUCAUAAAAUAGAGCAUAAUCAUUAAGUAAGGAUAGUAGAACAAGUUUGUUGACUCAAUAGAAAUAACCAUUAAAUAUUACUAUAAACUACCCAGCUGAAAGUAAAAAUAUUGUAAAUUUGUAACAAUUUAAAUAUAAUUUAGAUCGGCUAUGAUUUCUCCAUUAUCCAAAUGUGCUUAGAUUAUUUAAUAAAAAUAGUUAAAUUAAAAGAUUUAAAAAAAUAACCCCUAAUUUCAAGAAGAUAUUUAAUCUUAAAAGAUACAGUAAGAUUCAUUUCUAUAUUCAAAGCACUAAAAAUUCAACAUCAGUAGGUGAAUUAAUGUCAAUGAAGUCUGAUGCCAUUAAUUAUUCUAGUAUUAUUAAUAGAAUCCUAAGAAAAGAAUCAUAUUCAAUAUCAUCUCCAGAUGGUAGAGCUACUUAAAAAUUCAAAUAGGCUUUAAAUGAAAAAUUAAAUAAUCUUUAGCAAGAUAGUUCAAAGUCUUAUGGCAGUUUGCUAUUCUCAUUGGGGGAACAUAAACUUAAAGAAGCUAAUAAUUGUUUCAGACAAAUAUCUCCAAAGAGAGAGAAAAAAAAAUCCAAAUAGUAAUUAAAUGAAAUAUAAAAUAGGCUUUUCGGUUUUAUAAAUCAAUAAAAUUCAAGGAAGUAAUCAGAUUUACUCAAAUCAGAAGAAUCUCAUCGUUCUGAUUUAGGAAGAAGAUCUGAAAAGUAUUUAAAAUUAAUUUAAUAAAGUAAAAAUGGGAUUGAUCCUAAUAAUGAAAUAAUAUAAUUUAUGAAGGAAAUGCAAAAUAAAAAAUCAGAUAGUAAUCUCAUAUUAUAUUAAAAUUAUUAGUCUCGAAAAAUAUCAAAUAACAAAAUACUGGUACAUUAUUAACAAGACCUUUAAUUGCAGACAUAAAAUAAGCAAAAACUAAUCGUUAAUUUUGA